AUGAGACCCGAGUUGGCCGGUCCGGUCACAGUCCAGGCCGUCCACCCACAAGGUCAACAAGUGUCAAGCACGAGUCAGCUGAAAGUCGCAACACCUGUGACGCUAGCACCGAUGACGGCAGAGACCGUUCAACCGAUUGAAGAGUUUCAGGCUGUGCCCGAAGACCAAAUGCGCUUCACGGAAACAGAAGCGCCCGAAAUGCAACCAAAGCCUGAGGAGUACAAAAUCGCUCCGCAAUUUGUCCAAACUCUACCCAGCACAGUCACGCCAGCGAUUGGCGCCACGGUGGCGUUGGAAGUUAUUGUGACAGGACAGCCACAACCAGAUGUCCAAUGGACAGUGAGCUCUCCGCAGACGUCCAGUAGGUGUGAGAUCGUGCCAGCCGAGGAAGUCGAUCAGGUGACCACACACCACCAAUUGUUGAUUCAUGACGUCAAAACAGACGAUUACAGAACGACCGUACAAGUGGUGGCCACGUCGGAGAUUGGUCAGGCAACGUCUGUGUGCCAGUUAGAGGCGCCCGCUGAAAGACUCGAAUUCACCAAGACUCUGAGCCCAGAGCUCGAGGUUGCCGAGGCCACACCUGUGUUAUUGGAGUGCGCGGUGCAACCUACACCUACUCCAGUGGACUUCCACUGGUACGUUCAGGGAGUGGAAGUGACUCCGGAAACGCAGGGUGUUGUCAUUCAAUCCACGUCACACACAUCGCAACUGCACAUUGAACAGAUGAGACCCGAGUUGGCCGGUCCGGUCACAGUCCAGGCCGUCCACCCACAAGGUCAACAAGUGUCAAGCACGAGUCAGCUGAAAGUCGCAACACCUGUGACGCUAGCACCGAUGACGGCAGAGACCGUUCAACCGAUUGAAGAGUUUCAGGCUGUGCCCGAAGACCAAAUGCGCUUCACGGAAACAGAAGCGCCCGAAAUGCAACCAAAGCCUGAGGAGUACAAAAUCGCUCCGCAAUUUGUCCAAACUCUACCCAGCACAGUCACGCCAGCGAUUGGCGCCACGGUGGCGUUGGAAGUUAUUGUGACAGGACAGCCACAACCAGAUGUCCAAUGGACAGUGAGCUCUCCGCAGACGUCCAGUAGGUGUGAGAUCGUGCCAGCCGAGGAAGUCGAUCAGGUGACCACACACCACCAAUGGUGGAUUCAUGACGUCAAAACAGACGAUUACAGAACGACCGUACAAGUGGUGGCCACGUCGGAGAUUGGUCAGGCAACGUCUGGUGCCAGUUAA